AUGGCACAAAGCAUAACGCCUCAGCUACGAGAUCCAGCUAUAAACUAUAGCUACUUUUUCCAUCCGAAUAUUUGUUAUAUUUGCAAGUCGGAAGACCAGGGCACAUUGAAACCGUGUCUUCAGUGCCAUAUGAUCUCUUAUUGCAGCGAAGCGCACAGAAUGUUGCAUCGUGAAAAACAUGCAAUAUUCUGCCAGACUAUAAAAUAUUUAAAAUCACGGAUGAACAUAUGCGAUACUCGUAAUAUGACGAUGUACGAAUGGAUCACAUCUAGAGAGAAGAGUAUAGAAUAUAUGGAAAUUGUGCUAAGACGUCAAUUGACAACGAUCGAAAAGCAAAUUAUCUUAUUAACUAAAUCAUGUGUUAUUUGCCGUCAACAGGACAACCUGGUCGCUUGCGCAUCCUGCAAAUCCGUCAAUAUGUGUCCCGAUCACAUAUCUACACCUAAUGAUCAUAAAUGUUCUCAGCUACGACUUUGUCUCAACUUAGAUACUCAUAGAUCCUCGGUAAUUUAUCAAGAUAGAAGAAUUUCGACGAAAUUUCUGGAUAUAAACAUGCAUUCUGUUAAUAACAUGCAAUCAUAUAUAAACAAGUAUCUGAACAUAAAUAGUGAUAAAAAUCCUUUUGUUUGUCCUUAUAUUUGGUCCUUUGUAGAUUACAUAAAUACUGAAAAGCUUUCAAGACCGCUGACAUUAUUGUAUACUUUGCAGGAUGCAAAUUUAUUACGGUGUAUAUGGGUACGUGCUUUCUUCAUCAUUUAUAUUAUCGCUGGAAGUUUCUUAGAUAUGCACAGUUUGUCAGCUUGGGAAGUCAUUUUACAUCAAUUUUGUCCAGGCUCAACAUUGUUAAUUGUAAUGAUAGAGCCAAAUUUACCGCAAAAAUGUGAAUCGAUACGGACUUGCUAUUCUUGCAUUCGCCGAAAUAAGAAACUUCAAUAUGAAUAUCAUCCUAUGUUAUACUACAGGUACGCAGAUCUGUUACAUACAGAACCAGAUAUAAUCAUAAUGUUUCAUGCCAAAUUUGGGAACGACGAGCUAUCCGUACAAAAUAUAAAAGCACUACAGCGUGAAGGCUGUCCUGUACUUCUGACAACUGUAUCGAAAAGUAAAGCGCAGGACGCCAUAAUGCGGAUACAGGAAGUACUAAACAUACCCAUAACACCUAUUAUUAAUAAACAAAAUAAAUUCGCGUCUUGUAGAUCAUACAGAGACCAUAAGAGUGGCUCUGUGAUUUUUCCUAAUGAAUAUGUAAUUUUCUAUCAGGAUUUAUUUACUUUGAAUAAUCUAGCCGAGGUCAAUAAAAGCACUGAUGGUUAA